AUGGCAACCAGCCAAUCGAUAGGCGCAACAACCAGCAUUUCGACUGCAAAUGCGACGAUAACUUUUAGCACAAGAAAUAUGAUGAUUCCGACAACAACAAUGAUGCCUCCAACACCUGCAAUGAUUUCGACAACACCAAGCUUUUUGAAAACAAAAAUAACAACAACCAUCAUCGUCACAACCACAACAACUCUUGAAACAACACGCAAAGCCCGAGUUUGGUUCGAACGAACUCAGGAAGAUCCUUCUUUGACGAUGGAAGGAGCUGAAUUGUUUUGCCAGGACCGAGGCGGCCAUUUGGCCUUCUUUCGAACCAAAGAAGAGUAUGACGUCUAUGUCGAUCAAUUUUCACCAAGAUGGGAGCACCUGGGUUAUCGCCAAGUAACUUGGAAGUCAUCUUCGGAGUAUUUUUAUCGAAACACGGACGGCUCCAACACGACAUUUCUUCAAUUCGGUGUUGGUCAGCCAAAUGUCUACUAUGCUCCCUGCAUUUUAAACUACUGGUAUGCAUCUUCAAAGCAAUGGGCGGCAUAUUAUUGUUAUACUUUGAGAAAAUUCACCUGUCGCUUCGAAGAGAAUUUCGACGCUCAAAUUGAACCGACAAAACGACCGAAAAAAGUAACUUUCGUUCAACAGGAUGGAUUGUCGACGAUGGAACUCGCCGAAUUCAAGUGCAAUCAACAAGGAGGAAACUUGGUAUUUUUCGAUAACGAAGAAGAGUGGAACGAAUUUAUGAAGCUACCACAAAGAGGCUUUGAAUAUAUAGGAGUGCGAGAAGGGUCAAAUGCGAAGCAAUACUCAACUGUGACUGGCAAUCGAAGUCCAUUUUUGAAAUGGUAUGGAUACGAACCAAACGAUCCUGCACACCCAUGUGUUUUCAUCAAUUAUGGGCUCCCCGGACAUCUUGCUGAUUUUGUUUGCUACGAUCAACUUCACUAUUCUUGCAGAUUUGAGACCUGA